AUCGAUUUGGUGCCAUCGGCUGAGAUGGCCGGAACGUCAUUGAUCGAAAUUCCUGAGCGGCCUCAUAUCACUGGCCACGCUCACGCGCAUGGACACGGCGGGCCAACUCAGCUGUCUCUGAACGAGACGACCCUAUUUCGAUCGCACGGUCCCGAUCCUUUGAGUUACAUGGAGUGGGACUUCUCUUGGGGUCUUGGCAGGACGUCCGAGCUCGCUCGUUUUACAGACGAAGGCAUGAGGGGCCACAACGUGUCAUCCGAGGCGCACUUGAUGGGAGUCUCAGAAGGCCGUUGGCGCACUCUCGUAGAUGCGGACGAUCUGAUAGAGAGGCGCGCUAUCGAGCAAGACAUCCGCAACAGACUCGGCCAGACUACUCAAGAGCCAAGCAGACAUAAAACGCUUCUGCUCCUCCACGUUGCAACAUCCAUUCUCGCCUGCAUCUUCCUCUUGCCGACGCUACUCGUACUGCGUGCUGCGAGUUCGAGGCUCGCGUCCCUCUUUGCCGUGCUGUACAUGGGCACUUUGAGCGGAUCCAUGUUACUCUCCUUCCUCUACAAGGCUAUGACCCCAAACCUGUACCCGAGCAGCGCGCAUGGCGGCCUGGGAUGGGCCAUCUUCUGGAUCUCCUGCAUCGUCUUCGCCGGCGAUUUGUGUCGGGCCCUUCAAGAGGAAGUGCCUCGUGCAUCUCUGCGCACUGAGUCCGAACACCACGUCCGUUUUGCUGACCUACACGAGAACCUCGGUCGGGGUUGCCGGAUGAACAGCGGUAGCUCGCGUGGGAGCGGUAGCGGCAACGGUACUGCGUCUCCGACCAGCACCUUGUGCGACACUCCUCGCCAGAUGAGCUUCAGCGAAGAUGGGCACAAUCGCGCCACCAGCAUCGGAGCAGCGCUACCGUUUUUGUCCUGGAAGUUGCGUGGGCAGGACAGCAAGGAGCCAGUCCAAAGCUCAGCUACGUCCAUGGGAGCAGGGAAUACGACACGGUCACCGACGUCCUUGUGGGGUUCAAUUCUGGAUUACACGCACGUCACUGUUGCUCGCUCCCUUACUCUCAUUUCAUUUGCUGCUGUCUACACUGGUAUUGCGGUGUACACUGGCUCGUGUCGCGGCGAUUACAAGAACACUUGCCUUGCGCACGGCAUCAAGGGAGGCAUCUUCUUUGCCUAUGGCCUGCUGACAUUUGGUCGAUACCUCGGGGCAUACUCUGAGCUCGGCUGGGCUUGGAAUCAACGACCCGACGCGAAGAAUUCUAGAGAUAGCAGCGCCCCGUCGUGGCAACGUAACGCAGUCUCCGCUGAAUGGGUAGAGUCCUUUGUUUGCUUCUUUUAUGGCGCCACCAACAUGUGGAUGGAGAGGUUUGGAGCAGAAGCAGGGGAUCCAUUCACCAUCAAGCAGAUUCAGCACAUCGGAAUUGCAGUCAUGUUCUGCUUUUGCGGACUUGUGGGCGUCAUUCUGGAGACGCGCUGGAUCAGGGAUCUGCUUGCUCGUUCUGCCGCACAAGCUCAUCCAUCAGCCCGGAGAGUUCGAGGCCCUCAAGAUGGCUGCGAGGAGUUCACGGCUGACGGAGAAGAUAGGAUCGUUGCUGCUCAGUCCCAGCCUCCAUCGUACAGCGGCUCUUUCAAUCCCUUUCCUGCCCUCGUUAUCGGUGUGACCGGGCUGGCAAUGGCUGCACACGCCCAAAAUAUAGAGUACGAGCGGGUAAUUCACGUUCUUUGGGGCAACCUGCUCGCUGGAUUCUCGGUCAUGCGUUGCCUGACCUACUUCUUUCUCUGGCUACGGCCGCCUGUCAGCGUCUUGCCUUCCCGUCCGCCCACAGAAGCGCUCGGCUCUUUCUCUCUCGCUUGCGGAGGGCUAGUUUUCAUGCUCAGCAGCGAGCAGGUUAGCCAGUGGGCGCUGCGGGCAGGAUACGCGGACGCCAUGGCGGUCGCCAACGUCAGCAUCGCCCUGAUCGCUCUGCUCUUCGCGUGGACAGCUGUACUGCUUCUUAUCAAGGCUGCGGCUAUGCGCAGAGAAGCUCGG